AUGUCAGCUAUAAAUAAUCAAGAAGAUGAUCAACAUCUUCAAACUCCACAAGUUAAUUCUUCUGGUGUUUUAACUCCAGAAACAAAUGAUUCAUUAAAACAUAAUGAAUCUGAUGAAUAUCAAGUUGAUAAAUCAGCCCCAGAACUUCCAACAAAACCAGCUUCAGCUUAUAUCUUGAUUUGUGCUUUAUGUUUUAUGAUUGCCUUUGGUGGUUUCGUUUUCGGCUGGGAUACUGGUACCAUUUCUGGUUUCGUUAACAUGGAUGAUUUCGUUAGAAGAUUCGGUCAAGUGAAUUCUGAAGGUGAACAUUAUCUAUCAAAAGUCCGUAUGGGUUUAAUUGUCUCUAUUUUUAACAUUGGUUGUGCUUUUGGUGCUAUUUUCUUAUCAAAAUUUGCUGAUAUCUAUGGUCGUCGUAUUGCUUUAAUGAUUAUGAUGGUUAUUUACAUUGUCGGUAUUUUGGUCCAAAUCACUUCAAUUUCAAAAUGGUACCAAUACUUCAUUGGUCGUAUCAUUUCAGGUUUAGCUGUUGGUGCCAUUGGUGUUAUUUCCCCAUUAUUCAUCUCAGAAUCUGCUCCAAAACAUUUAAGAGGUGCUUUAGUUUCAUCAUAUCAAUUGAUGAUUACUUUCGGUAUUUUCUUAGGUUACUGUACCAACUACGGUGCUAAAAACUAUACCUCAUCAGCUCAAUGGAGAAUUGGUCUUGGUUUAUGUUUCUUCUGGGCUAUUUUAAUGAUCAUUGCUAUGAUUUCUAUGCCUGAAUCCCCACGUUACUUGAUUAGAAAAGGUAGAUUAGAUGAUGCUAGAAGAUCAAUUGCUAUUUCUAACAGAGUUCCACAAGAUGAUCCAUCAGUCUUUGCUUUAGUUGAAGAAUUAGAUGCUGCUAUUCAAAAAGAAGAAUCUGCUGGUACUGCUUCAUGGACAGAAUUAGUUACUGGUAAACCAAAGAUUUUCUACAGAUUGAUGUGUGGUAUUAUGAUCCAAGCUUUACAACAAUUGACUGGUAACAAUUAUUUCUUCUACUAUGGUACCACUGUUUUCAAAGCUGUUGGUUUAUCAGAUUCUUUCCAAACAUCAAUUGUUUUAGGUAUUGUUAAUUUCGCUUCCACUAUCCUUUCUCUUUACUCUGUUAACAAAUUAGGUGGUCGUCGUUCAUUAUUAUACGGGGCUGCUGGUAUGGUUUGUUGUUACGUUGUCUAUGCUACUAUCGGUGUUACCGCAUUAUACACAAACUCAGAUCACACUGAAUCAUCCAAAUCUGCAGGUUCAGCUAUGAUUGCAUUUGCUUGUUUCUUCAUUUUCUUCUUUGCCACUACUUGGGGUCCAGUUGCUUUCGUUGUUGUCUCAGAAUUAUACCCAAUCAGAAUCAAAUCUAAGGGUAUGGGUCUUGCUACUGCUGCCAAUUGGUUAUGGGGUUUCUUAAUUGGUUUCUUCACUCCAUUCAUCACUGGUGCUAUUAACUUCUACUACGGUUACGUUUUCUUAGGAUGUUGUUUAUUCGCUUUUGUUUUCGUUUACUUAAACAUUCCACACACCAAUGGUUUGUCAUUAGAAGAAGUUGAUGAAUUAUACGCUUCAGGUGUUAAAGCAUGGCAAUCAAAGAACUGGACUCCAACCAGAAGAUACACACAAGAUGCUGCUUUCUCUAAAGCUCAAACUGCUCAGGUUGAAAAUGCUGAAGAAAAAGCUGAAGAAGUUGCAUAA